UCCAGCGGGACCAAUCUGGUGGGGGCAGUGUUUAUAAAAGACCCCCUGGUCCCGGGGCCAGGAGCUCCUGCCAGCCCCCAAGCCCUGCUGAGCUCCAGCACUGCUCUACAGCCCGUCCCGAUGGCGCUGUCCCAGUUUCCCCCCUUGUCGGCCACGGAGCUGCUCUUGGUCUCUGCCAUCUUCUGCCUGGUGUUCUGGGCCGUCAGGACCUGGAAGCCUCGCGCCCCCAAAGGCCUGAAGAACCCCCCAGGGCCCUGGGGCUGGCCCCUGCUGGGCCACAUGCUGAUGCUGGGGAAGAACCCGCACCUGGUUCUGUCGAAGCUGAGCCAGCGUUACGGGGACGUGCUGGAGAUCCGCAUUGGCAGCAUCCCGGUGGUGGUGCUCAGCGGCCUGGACACCAUCCGGCAGGCGCUGGUGCGGCAGGCAGAUGACUUCAAAGGCCGGCCCGACCUCUACACCUUCACCCUGGUCACUGAUGGCCAGAGCAUGACCUUCAACCCAGACUCGGGCCCGGUGUGGGCCGCCCGCCGGCGCCUGGCCCAGAAUGCCCUGAACACCUUCUCCAUCGCCUCCGACCCGACAUCCUCAUCCUCCUGCUACCUGGAGGAGCACGUGAGCAAGGAGGCUGAGGUGCUUGUGGGCAGGUUGCAGCAGCUGACGGCCGAGACCGGGGGCUUUGACCCCUACAGCCAGGUGGUGAAGUCAGUGGCCAAUGUCAUCGGCGCCAUGUGUUUUGGCCGGCACUUCCACCAGAGCGAGGAGAUGCUCAGUAUCGUGAUGAACAGCCACGAGUUCGUGGAGACCGCCACGUCGGGGAACCCCGUGGACUUCAUCCCCAUCCUCCAGUACCUGCCCAACCCCCCGCUGCAGAGGUUCAAGGAUUUCAACGAGCGGUUCCUCCGGUUCCUGCAGAGAACAGUCCAGGAGCACUAUCGGACCUUCGACAAGGACAGCGUCCAGGACAUCACGGGGGCCCUGUUCAAGCACAGCGAGAAGGGCUCCAAGGUCGACGGCAGACUCAUCCCCCAGGAGAAGAUCGUCAACCUCGUCAACGACAUCUUCGGGGCAGGGUUUGAUACAGUCACGACAGCCAUCACCUGGAGCAUUAUGUACCUUGUGAAAAAUCCCAGGAUACAGAGGAAGAUCCAGGAGGAGCUGGACACGGUGAUUGGCAGAGCGCGACAGCCCCGGCUCUCGGACAGACCCCAGCUGCCCUACCUGGAGGCCUUCAUCCUGGAGACCUUCCGACACUCCUCCUUCGUCCCCUUCACCAUCCCCCACAGCACAACAAGGGACACGUCACUGAAUGGCUUCUACAUCCCGAAGGAACGCUGCGUCUUUGUAAACCAGUGGCAGGUCAACCAUGACCAGGAGCUGUGGGGUGACCCAUUUGAGUUCCGGCCGGAGCGGUUCCUCACUGAGGAAGGCGCCGCCAUCAACAAGAACACCAGCGAGAAGGUGAUACUCUUCGGCAUGGGCAAGCGCCGGUGCAUAGGGGAGGUGCUGGCCAAGUGGGAGAUAUUCCUCUUCCUGGCCACCCUGCUGCAGCGGCUGGAGCUCAGUGUGCCCCCGGGGGUGAAGGUGGACAUGACCCCCACCUACGGGCUGACCAUGAAACUCCCACACUGCCACCACGUCCAGGCCCGGCUCCGCUUCUCCAUUAAGUGACGGGCUUCCGCAGGCCAGGCGCAAGGGGUCCCGGGGGCCUCAGCCCUUGGUCCUGCCUCUCUUUGUAAUAGCCGCUUUCCUGAGAUGUGAUUCACACACCAUUCCAUGCACAGCCCUAAGCGCGCCAUGAAUGGCUCGUUUGUCCUCAGAGUUCUGCUGCCUCACAAUCAACCGUAGCACCUGCUCGAUGCCCACCAGAGAAAGCCCACACCCCCUAACAGUCUCCCAGUCCCUCGAACCUGCCUCUCCGACCCCCAACCGCUUGGUACCACCUUUCUGCCUCGAGAGAUUUGUCUGCUCUGGACAUCUCACAUAAAUGCAAUUAAACAAUAAA